AUGAAAAUAGAUCAAAUUGAUACUCCACAAUGUUACAUGUCUGCAGGAGGAAAAGGAACAAAACUGUUAAUCGAAUGUUUCUGCAGUCGAGCAUUUUUUGCUGGAUGUCUGAGUUCUGGAGCAAUGGCAGAAGCACUGUAUCAAUGGCGUCGUGAUCACGAGAGUACUGUUGAUGAGCACACGAAAGAUGUGAAUUUGGAAUUCGAGAAUAAAGUGGAUUGUAUUCUGAAAGGAUUCCAAAAAUAUCAAUUACGUAUUGGCAAUUUCGCUCCUGCACAAAAACUCUGGGAUAUAACAUGUAAAGAUAACGCAAUCAUGGAAGUGAAAACAACCCAAUCCUUGCCAUUGAAACCGCUUGCAAAAAACACUCGAUUAGCCAUUGAUUUGAGGUGUGGAAAACAGGGGAAAGCACUGCCGACGGUUUAUUGUUCGGAGGAUUACUGUCAUAAUGAAGAGGUGCAUGUCACCGAAAAUACGCUGAUCCCAUUGAGAACUUAUUCAUUGAUCAUGAGAUCCAUCCGCAACGGGAAAAGUAUCCAAUCGGGAUGCAAGCAAUCGACUUCUUUGCAAGAAACUCAAUGUGUCUUGACUGCAUUCCAUUCGAUUGUUGAGAACUUUUUAUAUCAGAAUGGCACACAAAGGACAGCUCCUCCAUCGGUUAUACAAAUUGGAAUGAGUAGAGCAAAGCUGAAAACAAAUCAAUCUGAACCUGAAACUUCUCUCAAAAGCAUUAUCUCUUGGCUCUUUGGUUUGGCGUAUUUCAUUUCUUUCUUCUUUAUGUGCAUCAUUCCACUAUGCUCUUGUGGAAACGAACAUCGGAACGAACUAGGUCACUUUUUGAAUCCAAAUCUGAAAGAUAUUGAGGAAAUACUAUUAGCCGAUGCGCAUAAAAAUGAAAAACCGAUAUUUCCUGUGAAGAAUUUGGAUGAACCGAAACAGGAAAUUAUCGACGUGGCAGUAACGACGAAUUCUCAAAUGGGUAAUAUCACUGAUUUGGGAUCAGAAGGACCCACUGGACCUGGUGGAGGAUCGAUAAAAUCUCUGAAAAAAGAUUUGAAAAGUGGAGAAGACGGGAAAGAUCUGUCUGCCGAUGCUGCAGUGUAG